AUGACAAAGUACUUGACCGACGAUGAAGUCAUAGCCAAUACCUGGUUCUUGACUAACUAUGGAGUGAUGACAGUUAUUACCCUAUCGUUUGCAACCUUUGAGUUGGCCUGUAAUCAAAAACUUUACGAUGAGAUCAGGACAGUCAUCAUUACUAAUGAUGACGACAAUGACGACCGUCAACUAGAUGUCGAUCGGUUGCAAAAUCUGCCGCUACUCGAGGCUGUCGUAUGCGAAACACUACGCUUAUAUUCGCCGACCAUAAUGGAGGGCCGGAUUGCCAAAAAAAAAAUGACUAUCCAUUUAGGAGGCGCUCUUACGGGUGUUACUCUCAGAGCCGAAGAAACAAUAGAAUUUGGUGUCUAUCCUAUGCAUAUCAGCGCCGAAUACUAUCCAAACCCCGAACAGUUCAAAUUCGACUGUUUUCUACUAGAAAUCCGUAACCAACUGACUCCCUAUGCUUUCCUACCGUUCGGAUUAGGGCCGCGACACUUGUAUUGA